AUGAUUGCACACUUCAAUCGCUUUGUCAAUAACGGUGCCGGCCUGGAGAAGACCCUCCGCCUGAUCCAGUCCGUGGCGCAGAUCGCCGCGGUCUUCAGUAUCGGUAGCACCGCCGUGCGAUUGACGACCGCCAAGUUGCAAUUGGCCCUGACGCGGAGGUUUUUCCGCUUCUUUGGCUUCAUCGAGUCAUUUCAGCGCGUAUCCGCGCUGCUUAGCAAGGAAGGAAUGGGUUCUGUGCCGGGCUGGAUUGAUCUGGCCAAGUGGACUUGUUUCGGUCUAUACUUUGUGCUGGAAGAUUUGACUAUUUUGCAUGCCAUGGGCGUCUAUAUUGUGCCCUGGGAGGAACGAGUCAUGCGCGAGGCGAAUCAAUUCUGGUUCUACGCUCUGUCUCUCUCUCUCCUUGGCGCUGUUUACGCACUUCUCUCCCCUUCUCCGGCGUCUACGUCGCAGGAAAAGAAAGGUCGGAAGAACGAAAAAGCUGCUGCGGCCACAGUCAGUACUUCGGCUUUGGCGAAACAGAUUGUGGUAGAAAGCUGUGAUCUAUUGAUUCCCGCGGAACUACUGGGAUGGUAUCCCACCGGCGACUUGAUUUUGGGUGUGACUAUGGUACUGAGCACGCUAAUCACUGGUCAGGGCAUCUGGUCGCAGAACAAAAAAAUGGACUCGCGGGGAAUCGAACCCCGGACCACUCCCAUGCUAAGGGAGUAUUAUACCACUAAACCACAAGCCCAGUUCAUAUUAUCGAUUUUCAUUUUGUGA